CGUAGCCUCGUCGUAUUUCCUGUGAGAAAAAGUGGACUCAAAAAUGUCAACAUUCACCUGUUCGCAUAAAACUUGAUUCAGCUAUACAGUAUACAGGGUGAUGUCACUCCUACGCUGCUGUAACUUUAGGGCCAGGCUUUUCUGUGCAAGACAGUUUUCAGCAUCUUCCACAAGGCUUCGUAAGGUCAAAACCUACCAUGAAAUUCUUGGAGUACCAAAGGAUUCCACAAAAGAACAGAUUAAGGAAGCAUUUUUUGAAAAAUCAAAACAGCUUCACCCUGACACAAACACGGGGGAUGUAGAACAGUUCCAGGAGCUGAAGACUGCAUACGAGCAUUGCAUGAGCUUCACCAAACAACCUUUUGAAAUGACAUAUGAUGAAAUCCAAGCAAAAGAAAGAGA